UGUUUUUCUACGGUGGCCGCUAUAGGGCAUGUUACAUCACCAAAAAUCUGACCAGAAAUAAGAAACGAAGACGAAGCGGUCAGCAUGGCGUCCUCCAGCCGAACUCAGGUUAUUGCGUUGUACCGAAUGUUGAUCAAAGAGAGCAGCAAGUUCCCUUCUUACAACUUCAGAAACUACGCUCUCCGCCGGAUAAAGGAUGGUUUCAGGGAGAAUAAGCAUGUGGACAACCCUAAAAGUAUGGACCAGCUUCUGACCAGGGCUAGAGAGAGCCUGGCUCUGAUCAAGAGACAGGUGUCUGUCGGUCAGAUGUACAGCAGCCAGAGGACCAUAGUGGAGGGACUUGGAGCUCGGUGAAGUCUGGACAUCACCGGCCUCACUGACAAUCUGGAGUCUACGAUGCAAUACGAGUCUAUUAUGCUAUUCGACCCAUGAUAUAGGAGUUUUUGCAACCGUCCAAUAGUCCAAAUAAGUCUCUUUUGCACAACUGAGCUAUAAUUCCAGUUUUAUAACGGUAUGCACUCAAAAGAAACUUAGUUCAAUUAGCCUCUGACUCACAGCCAUACAGUCUUAUUAAAUUGUUAAAGCUGAAUAUCUGAGUGGUACAGGUUUGGAGUGGCACUGAUCCAACAUAUUGGUGUAUAUCAACAGUUGUAUUUUUGGACCAGAAGGUUAAAUGCAAAAUGUAACUGAUGUGAAGCGGAAUCUGUCAGUUCGUGAAAUGUGAGUAAUUGUGAAUAAAACUGUUACAAUAAUCAGA